UCCACCCUUUCCUCUUUUCCUCCCGCGCCUCCCCUCCCCCGGCUCUCCGGCCUCCCAUUCAUUCCGUCCGCUCCCUCCCCAUUCCUCCUUCCCGCUCUGGCCCUCUCCCCUAGGUCCUCCCCGCGCGGACACCAUUGCAUUCUCGGGGUUCUUAGCACAUUCAUGGAAGUUUAGGGCCUGGAUGGUGCCCCCAAGUCCGGCCUGAGAGCGCAGCCUGAGCUGCUGGCCGGGAAGAGGAAGAUGUCUGUGCUCAAGCGGAUGAUGCGGGUCUCCAAUCGCUCCCUCCUCGCCUUCAUCUUCUUCUUCUCGCUCUCCUCGUCCUGCCUCUACUUCGUCUAUGUGGCUCCGGGCAUCGCCAACACAUAUCUCUUUAUGGUACAAGCUCGAGGAAUAAUGUUGAGAGAAAAUGUGAAAACAAUAGGGCAUAUGAUCAGGCUCUACACAAAUAAAAACACUACCCUCAAUGGCACAGAUUAUCCUGAAGGCAAUAAUUCAAGUGAUUAUCUUGUUCAAACAACAACAUAUCUUCCGGAAAACUUCACAUAUUCACCAUAUCUACCCUGCCCAGAGAAACUGCCUUAUAUGCGGGGAUUCCUCAAUGUCAAUGUAAGUGAAAUCAGUUUUGAUGAAAUUCAUCAACUCUUCUCCAAGGAUUUAGAUAUUGAGCCAGGAGGUCACUGGAGGCCUAAAGACUGUAAACCCAGAUGGAAGGUGGCAGUUCUUAUUCCUUUCCGUAAUCGCCAUGAACAUCUUCCAAUUUUUUUCUUGCAUCUGAUUCCAAUGCUCCAGAAGCAGAGGCUAGAAUUUGCCUUUUAUGUCAUUGAACAGACUGGCACACAGCCUUUUAACCGUGCAAUGCUCUUCAAUGUGGGCUUCAAAGAGGCCAUGAAAGACAGUGUCUGGGACUGUGUCAUCUUCCAUGAUGUGGAUCAUCUACCCGAAAAUGACCGAAACUAUUAUGGUUGUGGAGAAAUGCCACGUCAUUUUGCAGCAAAGCUGGAUAAAUACAUGUAUAUUCUUCCAUAUAAAGAGUUUUUUGGUGGUGUAAGUGGACUGACAGUGGAACAAUUUAGAAAGAUCAAUGGUUUUCCUAAUGCCUUCUGGGGAUGGGGAGGAGAAGAUGAUGACCUUUGGAACAGAGUUCACUAUGCUGGAUAUAAUGUAACAAGACCAGAGGGAGACUUGGGAAAAUACAAGUCUAUUCCUCAUCACCAUCGAGGUGAAGUCCAGUUUUUAGGACGGUAUAAAUUACUAAGAUAUUCAAAAGAACGUCAGUACAUUGAUGGGUUGAACAAUUUAAUAUAUACGCCAAAAAUACUGGUUGAUAGGUUGUAUACAAAUAUCUCUGUAAACCUCAUGCCAGAGUUAGCUCCAAUUGAAGACUACUAAAAGAAGUAGCUCUCAUGGCAAGAUAGACUGCAAUGCUGGAUCAUCAACUGGGAGUCUGCUCUUACUGGAGGUCAGGGAAUGGAUGUGUCAUGGUGCCCUGCUGCGUGAGAAGAGCCAGCAGCCCUUGUUUACAGUGUGAGGUUAGAGACCAUCACCCAUCCUCUUCUGUGAGACACACUCCCACGGCGAGCCCUGCAGACACCCGAUGCCCUUGCUGAAAUCUGGAAGUUAAGAGCGCUCCCUACAAAGAGAAAAUUUUUAUACUAAAAUAUAUAAUUUAAUUCAAGAGAAUGCUUUAUUUCUGUUUAAACAUGUUUUGUAUAUAUGUGAUGUAAAUUAAUGUGUUCAAAUUGUUGGAAAAGAAGAUGUGUUGCAGUUUUGCAUGUAAUUGGUUAUGCCUUUAUCGGACUUUUAUAGACAUUUUUUAUUUGCAUGGAAGAAAACAAUGCAAAUUUAUGUCACUAAACAAAGGUUAACCCUUGUGUGAAAUGAAGGAACUGUCAAUAAUUGACAGCCAACUCCUACAGUAAACUGUUAUAUACUAGUUUUGAGCUUUAGACCUUCAGCCUUUUGUGUGGAAGAAGUCAUCGCUUUCUUAGGGUUUUACAGGGUAAGAAGAAAGGACUUAGACCACUUUUCUUCCUACCAGGAUUACCUGUUUUUUUCCUUGCUUGCAAUCCCAUCAGAUUUUGCUAAAUCACAACCAUAUUGUUUAUGCACAUUGCAUGAGUAUUACCAAGAGAAUCUUAAAUGUUGUGACGUAACAUGAUAUAAAGGACCUCUUUACGUUAAUUAACUGUCUUUCAUGUAUCUUUGGUGUAAUUGUCAGGAAUUUUGUGCCUCAAAAAAUCUUCCUGAGGUUGUGUGUGUUUGUACACUCUAUUUUUUUUUUUAAUUCAUAGUGAACAGCACUUUCAUUAUUUCUAGUUCAGAAGAGCCAAAAAACAAUUUUCAUUUAAAAAAAAUCAAAACAAUUUUUUUUAAAAGAAUGAGCUAUGGAAAACCCAGUAGUACUUAUAAUAUACAAAUGAAUUAUAAUAUUAGAUAAGAAAUUAAAUGUUCUAUUUUUAUGAAGAUAAAUGCUUAGUAGAUAAAAACAAAUUUUAAGUUUAAUUCUCAGAUUCAUAGAAUUUCAAGUUUUUGAAGGGAACCUU